CGGGGGAGGCGGAGCGGAGGCUGGGGCGGAGCUGGGGCCUGCAGUAGCGCCGCAGCCCGGAGCACACGGAGCGAGCACCAGCAGCAGGAUAAGGAGGAGGAGCGAGGCCGGGGCCUGCAGAGGGUCUGCCCAGCCGGCGCCCCCCGCCGCCGCCUCGCACCGCUCGGGAGCCCCCGGGGAGCAGCCCAAGCCUGGACAGCAGCAGCAGGCGGCGGCGAGAGCGCCCAGGCCCAGAAGCCGCCGCGGCCUCCAGUGGCAACCGGGUCAGGAGGAGAGCGCCCCCGAGCCCUCCCCCUCCCGCCGAGGGAGAGAACUCCCCAAUUCGGCCCCAAGAUUCUGCUGCCCUGUUAGGGGGAAGAUUCCUCCCUCCCUAUACAGACCGAGGGAGAAUCUUGGGAGGAGCCCUCGAUUACCCGCUGUCCUCUUUUCCUGUAGAGGGUGGGUCUUACAUUUAUUGCCCCCCUCUCUGCCAAGGACAGCACGCACAACUAGGCCCUGCUUGGCCAGCUGCACACUCCCACAAGUUUUAGUCACCCCCAGCCUUAACCGAGGAGGUAUACCGAGGAUUUAAAGGGCGCUCAGAAUAAUGGAAGGGAGAGUAGUGAAGGAGCGCUUAUAGCGGCCGCCAGAGCAAAGGGGGGGAAACUCCUAUGUACCGUCAUCUCCUUUUUUAAAAAACCACCACUCCCUACUUAAAUUAUUCUUUAACUGAAUAGGUACCUACCUACUACUCAUUUAAUUCCCACUGUCUUAUUAGAACCACCUUCUUUAUACUACCUAAACCUAGCCAAUAACAGCCCCCCCCAAGAGAUUGUCGUCGAAUAUCAAUUGUGAAGGGGGAAGAUUGGCUUAACAGGCAAUCAAUCCCAGGGUAGAAAAAGAACAAUAUCAAACAGCUGUCAAAGGGAGGAGACCUAUAAUAACAAAAAUCCUCCUUGAAAAAAUGAAAAAGAUGCUUGUUCCUCAAAAUGUCAAAAAGGGGCUGUGUUAGCUAAAGAAAAUAAGGAACUCCUCAAUAUCAAAGGAGGUGAAAGUGGUUCCCAUUAUAGCUACUCGCCCAAAAAAGAAGGGGGGGGAGAACAGGAGUGACAUCAUUUAAGUAGCAGCCUAGUCAACAUAAAAGAGGAAUAUACCUGUAGUUUUAAGGGUUUGGAAACCCAAAGCUGAUCUCUCUACCUCUCACUAUCAUUCACAACUCAGAAAAACCUACAGCAGCGGCACUUUGAGCAUGAGGCCUGUGUGCAGAGUGUGAAGGACAACAUCUUUUUUUAAAAAAAGUUCAGAGUCAUCCACUGCAGAAAAUCUUACAAUACCUUUGCCUCCAGCACCAUGGCCUCUGACCUGGAAAGCAGCCUCACUUCCAUUGAUUGGCUCCCACAGCUCACCCUUCGAGCCACUAUUGAGAAAUUAGGGGGUGCUUCCCAGUCAGGUCCCCCAGGGGCUGGUAGGAAGUGCUCUCCUGGCUCGCCCACUGACCCCAAUGCUACAUUGAGCAAGGACGAUGCUGCUGUCCAUCAGGAUGGGAAGCCGCGCUAUAGCUAUGCUACUCUGAUCACUUAUGCCAUCAACUCAUCACCUGCCAAGAAGAUGACCCUCAGUGAGAUCUAUCGCUGGAUUUGUGACAACUUUCCCUACUACAAAAAUGCUGGCAUUGGAUGGAAGAACUCCAUUCGUCACAAUCUGUCUCUGAACAAAUGCUUUCGAAAAGUGCCUCGCCCUCGGGAUGACCCUGGAAAGGGUUCUUACUGGACAAUAGAUACCUGUCCUGAUAUCUCCCGGAAGAGGCGACACCCACCAGAUGACGAUUUAUCGCAGGAUUCCCCAGAGCAAGAGGCAAGCAAGAGCCCGCGGGGGCCUGUGUCUGUUGGGGCAGAAGUGUCGCUGUCCCCGGAGUCCACUCAACAGCUAUCCUUGCAAAGCACAUCGCCUAUUGGCAAUUACAGUCAGCAGAGUGCAGGGCCUGUGGACGUGGCGGCAACAGUGGCAGGUGGACAGGGCCGUGAAGGGACAGAUGUGCCACCUCCACACUACAGUACCAGCAAUGACUUGAAAUUCUCCUACUCGGAGAUCAACUUCCAGGAUCUGAGCUGGUCCUUCCGGAAUCUCUAUAAAUCCAUGCUUGAGAAAUCCUCCUCAUCCCAACAUGAUUUCUCUUCCCUUCUGGGUGAAAUGCAGCCCUCCAACCACAAUUACUAUAUGUACCACCAGCAGCAGGUGCCCUCCUCAGUGGGAGCUGCACCCCCACUCCACACUCCAACCUCAGAAGGCUGUCCAUCUCAAGGUGGUAAGCAGCAAGGAGGUGACAGCUAUGGCCCCCCACCUGUGAUGUCCAUUCACCCCUCCACAAUGCAGCAUGGAGGAUAUCACCAGCAUCAGCAGCACCACCCACACUCCCAUUCGCAGCAGCAGCAGCAACAGUCGCAAGCUUCCAUGAAUAAUGCUAGCUUUGCAUUUCCCCCCGAGUGGUGCUCCAACAUUGAUUCCCUAAAAGAAAGUUUUAAGAUGGUGAAUCGACUGAAUUGGUCUAGCAUUGAACACUCCCAGUUCUCAGAGUUGAUGGAGAGUCUGCGUCAGGCUGAGCGUAAGAACUGGACCCUAGAUCAGCACCACAUUGCCAACCUCUGUGACUCCCUCAAUCACUUUCUCACCCAGACCGGUCAGCUCCCUCACCUGGGAGGCCCACAGCAGCUUCCCCGAAUCUCCGAGUCCUGUGCCAUGAAUAGUGGCAAACAAGAGCAGCCCAUGAACCAAGUGAACUCUUACGGUCAGCCACAGCCUCCCCAUCUCUACUCUGGGCCAUCUCCAAUGUACCAGAUUUCCACCCAGGACUCGCCAGGGUAUAAUCGUCCAGGUCAUCAUCUGGUUCCGCGGCCACCUCCAGGUGCCAAUGAGGAAAUCCCUGAUGAUUUCAACUGGGAUUUGAUCACCUAGCAAGUUACAGACUUGAUAGCACAUCCCUCAUGUAGGGUAUGGGAAGGGGAGCCUGGGGUUCAGGUCACAAGACCAGCACCUUCAGCCUCUUUCCUUGCCUGUAUAUAGGUAUAUAUUCUCUACUUCCGCCAGAGAAGCUGCCGCAAGAUUCUGCCGAAGAUAAUCCUUCCUUGCGCUCCCUGUUUUACCUUUUUUCUUCUUCUUUAUUAUUAUUAUUAUUAUCAUCAUCAUCAUCAUCAUCAUCAAUAAUAGUGCACAGCCCUUCUGCUCCAGCUUCGGAUUUUAUGUGUUUACUGGCAUCCUGAGAGGGAUGGAGGGUAGGAAAAUUGUUUUCUGGUGCCAUGAGAAGACCUCAGAGGGAGGAAUUCUUGAGCGCAUCUUUCUCUUCCUGCAUCACCUGCGUUUUAACAAUCCCUCUUUCCCUUCAAGGUGGCCAGUGACUCUUUAUUGGCUGCAAGAGUGAGAGAGCCCCGUGGAUCUUGAGAGUUUGUAAUAAUUAUGUUUUUUCUUAAAUGUUGUAAAUGGGGAAGGGAAUGGGAGGGAGUGGGUUAGACUGGUGUCGAAAGGAGGCCUGUAAACUUUCUCACACCAGCAGGGACAGCAGAAUCAACAAGUGCACAGGAUGGGAGGCUUUGGGUGUGGAAAAUAGCUGGAAUUGUUGCUUGUCAGAGAGGGGCUUCCCUUAGUGGAAGGCAAGGACUUCUCUCUAGCUGAAACAUUGUGGUUAGGACUUGUUGCUUGGUAGGGACUGAGUGUCUGGGAAAGACGAAGGGGGCCUUUAUCUUUUUUCUACACUGCCUUUUUCAAUCACUGCCAUUUUGCACUUGCCCCCCUCGGCAGACGAAGAAAGCUUGACAGGUCUGGCUUGUAUCUGCAUCAUGUGGCUCGGGUAUCAAGAUUGAACCAGACUCCUCAGGGCUUGUCUUACCAGAGUUUUUUUCCUCCUGUUGCCUUCUCUCAUAAUGCGGUAAGGCUCUUACUUAAAUAUGCAGAUAAGUCAUAGAAAGCAAGAAGUCCUCCUCUCCCCAGCAAGGUUUUGUUUAACUUCUGAAUUUUACUUCCCCUCAUUUCUCUGAAAAGUGUUGUGGCUUGUGGUGCAAGAGUGGGAGCUGAGGGUGUCUUCUCUGCCUUAUAUAAAACAAGCAAUUGAUGCUCCCUGUUUUGUGGAUAAGCUUAAGAUGAAAGGAAGCAGAGCUUGGCGGAUGGAGGCUUUAAAACUCUCCAGUUGAGGAUAUGUGACUGUGGACUAUAUGGAGGAGAUACUGAAAGUGUAUAGCUGGAAGGGCCCUUCCAAGUCAGGUGGGGCAGGAAGGGCAGGUAUUCAAUCGUAUGGCAGUCCUUGAAAGAUAGGGAAGGACAAGGGUGCCAAUGCAGGAUUGAAUGUUGAUGUGGCAGGGUGGCCUCUCCUCACUGCUUUGUUUUCAGUUUCUAGUGUGACUCUCUUUCGCCAGACUUCUUGUUAAUCUGCAUACUCUUCCAACUGCAAGCCUGCUUUGCGUGAAGAGGAAACCAAGUUGGAAGCAGAAACAUCAUGGGAAAGUGCUGUGCCAAGGGUGGGAAGGUUUUGUAGCAUUGCUUUUAACUCACCAUUUCAUUGGAUUCUGGAGGGAGGGUCUUUUUGGUUGCUGGGGGAAGGGGUCAUCAUUGUGUAUACUGAGAGGAGUAGAGAAUCCCUGAGCUGAAUUCAUGGAGGAGUCUUAAUGGUUGUCUACACCGCCCUGAGAUGAGAAUGAUGUCGCCAGGAACAGGAGAUUCUGUUUGGUUGGGUGUCUGUAGAACAUACUGACUUCUCAGUAGAGAUGGCUUCUUCUCCUCCAGAUGCCACUUGGUGCUUUUUACAAAAUCUUUCUGAGAAUAAGAUCCACAAAGGUGGAGGGAAUAACAUCACUCCUUUAGGUAUUUAAAGGCUCCUCGCGUGCCUUGUUUGCAUAUGUAAAUAUAUGCCAGUCAGUGUGCAAACUAGUCACAUGCUCCUUUUGCCUCUGAAUCAGUUGCAUCAUUCUUGAGUGGGUUAGUAUUGGAUUGGACACAAAGUCAUAGACUCAGCACUGGAAUUCUGCACUGUGAGCAGCUGACACAGCCUGCCUUGGAAAAGCGGUCAGCACAGAGGGCUGGCCGGCCAGCCUGCCUACCUGCCUGUCAUGGAGAGAAAUCCCUCGUCUGCCCACCCGCUUCAGUGCAACCCACAAUGCUUUAUGUCAAGGAGGUGGGAGAGGGGUGUGGCCUCACAAAUUUAUUUUUGUGCAUGCUUUCUUAAUUAAAAAAGUGAAUGUUUAUGGUUUAA